AUGCAUGAGAAGUGUCAGGAGAUUAGAACCCACCUAUACUCCACCUUCGUGAAUCUGACAAAAGCCUUCGACACGCUGAACCGCGAAGGACUAUGGAACAUCAUGCAGAAACUCGGCUGUCCCGAGCGAUUCAUCCAGAUGGUGUGUCAGCUCCACUAUGGCAUGAUGGCGCGAGUCACGGACAAUGGAGCGGUUUCAGAGGCAUUCGCAGUGACCAACGGAAUGAAACUGGGCUGCGUCCUCUCGCCCAUUCUCUUCCGUCUUAUGUUCUCUGUCAUGCUGAUGGACGCCUACCGUGACGAACGCCCUGGGAUAUGCAUCGCCUACAAGAUGGACGGCCAACUCCUCAAGCACUGGCGGAUGCACUUCCAGUCGCGUGUAUCCACACCUACCGUCCACGAACUUCUCUUCAUCGACGACUGCGCUCUCAACGCCAUCUCGAAGGGGGCAUGCAAAGGCGCAUACACCUCUUCGCUUCCGCCUGCGACAACUUCUGCCUGGUCAUCAACACGGAGAAAACUAUGGUUAUGGAGCAACCGCCACCCAAAGCCGCUUGCAUUUCACCCCAAAUCAACGUGA